AUGGGUCCACCUAAAAAGUUCAAAAAAUAUGAUUCAAAGGGAGGAACUGAUAGAUCAGGCAAGAAAAAAAAAGUUGAAGAAGAUGUCACAAUAGAUCUUGUAGACGAUGACAAUGCUGAAAAUACAGGAGUACCGGGUGCUGCUAUGCAAGAUGCUGAGAAAAAUGAUCAGGUACCAGAGGAUGAAUUUGGUGCCAAAGACUACAGAAGUCAAAUGGAGCUAAAGCCUGACAAUGCCAGCCGACCAUUAUGGGUAGCUCCUAAUGGCCAUAUUUUCUUGGAAGCUUUCUCGCCAGUUUAUAAACAUGCACAUGAUUUCCUCAUAGCUAUUGCAGAACCUGUUUCAAGACCUCAACAUAUACAUGAAUACAAGUUAACUGCAUACAGUUUAUAUGCAGCAGUAUCGGUGGGACUGCAAACUAAUGAUAUUGUAGAAUACUUGCAAAGGCUCAGCAAGUGUGCGGUGCCAGCAGGAAUCAUAGAAUUUAUCCAACUCUGUACUCUAUCAUAUGGAAAAGUAAAACUGGUUCUUAAACAUAAUAGGUAUUUAGUUGAAAGCAAACAUGUAGAUGUUCUACAAAAACUACUAAAGGAUCCUGUGAUACAACAAUGCAGAUUGAGAAGAGAUGGAGAUGAAGAGUUACUUGCCUCAGCUUUACCCAAUAAGCCAGCCGUUGCUACUGCUAAACCUGGUGAAGAUAAACCAGCAGGCAAUGGAGCAGUUCCAGAAGAUAUCAGUCAGUUCUACCAACAGUUGGACAAAGAUGAUGACGAAGAUGAGGCUACUGACAUCACUGCGAAGAACUCGGCUGUUGCUUUUGAAGUUGACCCCGAUAAAAUAGAGGUAAUACAAAAACGCUGUAUCGAACUGGAGUACCCGCUGCUGGCGGAGUACGAUUUCCGCAACGACGCCGUGAACCCGGACAUCAACAUCGACCUCAAGCCCACGGCCGUGCUGCGCCCCUACCAGGAAAAGAGCCUGCGCAAGAUGUUCGGCAACGGACGAGCUAGGUCGGGCGUGAUAGUGCUGCCGUGCGGCGCGGGCAAGUCGCUGGUGGGCGUGACGGCGGUGUGCACGGUGCGCAAGCGCGCGCUCGUGCUCUGCAACUCCGGCGUGUCCGUGGAGCAGUGGAAGCAGCAGUUCAAGUGCUGGUCCACAGCCGACGACAGCAUGAUAUGCCGUUUCACAUCAGAAGCCAAGGACAAGCCGAUGGGCGCGGGCAUCCUCAUCACCACGUACUCGAUGAUCACGCACGGGCAGCGGCGCUCGUGGGAGGCGGAGCAGACCAUGAAGUGGCUGCAGGCGCAGGAGUGGGGGCUGGUGGUGCUGGACGAGGUGCACACCAUCCCCGCCAAGAUGUUCCGCCGCGUGCUCACCAUCGUGCACUCGCAUGCUAAACUCGGGCUGACGGCGACGCUGCUGCGCGAGGACGACAAGAUCGCGGACCUGAACUUCCUGAUCGGGCCCAAGCUGUACGAGGCCAACUGGCUGGAGCUGCAGGCGCAGGGCUACAUCGCGCGCGUGCAGUGCGCCGAGGUGUGGUGCCCCAUGACGCCCGAGUUCUACAGGGAGUACUUGGUCGAGAAGAUCAACAAAAAGAUGUUGCUAUACGUAAUGAACCCGUCGAAGUUCCGAGCGUGCCAGUACCUGGUGCGCUACCACGAGCGUCGCGGCGACAAGACCAUCGUGUUCUCAGACAACGUGUACGCGCUGCGACACUACGCCGUCAAAAUGAACAAACCCUACAUCUACGGGCCCACGUCGCAAAAUGAAAGGAUUCAAAUACUCCAGAACUUCAAAUUCAACCCUAAAGUGAACACCAUAUUCGUCAGCAAAGUUGCCGACACGAGCUUCGAUUUGCCGGAAGCCAAUGUGCUGAUUCAAAUUUCUUCGCACGGUGGUUCUAGGAGGCAAGAGGCUCAGCGUUUAGGUCGAAUUUUGAGAGCCAAAAAAGGCGCUCUAGCAGAGGAGUAUAAUGCGUUUUUCUAUACGCUUGUUUCUCAAGACACGUUGGAAAUGGCGUACAGUCGUAAGAGACAACGGUUUCUUGUUAACCAAGGUUACAGUUAUAAGGUAAUUACUGAACUCAAAGGCAUGGACCAGGAGCCUGACAUGUUGUAUGGCACGAGGGAGGAGCAAGGCAUGCUUUUACAGAGCGUGCUGGCGGCAUCGGAGACGGACUGCGAGGAGGAGCGCGAGGGCGGCGCGGGCGCGGGCGGCGCGCGGCGCGGCGGAGCGCUGGCGUCGCUGGCCGGCGCCGACGACGCGCUCUACAUGGAGCACCGCCGCGCCGCGCACCACAACAAGCACCCGCUCUUUAAGAACGAAACAAAAACAGAAGGCGGGGUACCAGAAUGGGCAUUAGUAGAGUUACAAGGUCUAAUACAAAUGAAAAAAGAAAAACAAAACGGUCCAACUGUGGUCGGGGACCUGCAUUAUUUCAAUAGGAACAAACACCCGGUACUCGUGCUCGGGCACCACGUCCUGAACGGCAAGGAAGUAAAGUUGGAACAACCCAUGGCUGUCAUGGAAAAGGUCACGGAAGGAGAACACACUGCUUACAAAGUGAAGGCUGUUGUUAAAAAGAAACUUCUAUUCAAAUCUAGACCCAAACCUAUUAUAUCUAAUGUUAAUGAUAGGGUA